AUGAAGGCCGGAGAUGAUGCAGUGCCAUCCACACGAGUAGAAACGAAGAGCACUGACGCGCAUUCCGCACGAAAGGACUCAGGCACAUCCCUCUCCAAUGUCCUGUCAAGCUCGAACGCGUCUCUGGCGACCAUUUCGUUCCAACCUCGCUCGACGCCGUCUAUUCGAGCCAAGCUUGCCGAAGCACCUGUAUUUGUACCGCGCAGCUCGAAUGUGUCGUCUUCGGCCACGAUGGAUACACAUUCGUCGCCGACAUCGCCCAUAACGCCGCAUCAGCAAGUGCCUGCCAUGUAUCGACAUUCGGCAGGUGCAGGAGCGCCGGCGGCUCCUGCGCCGUCUGCCGGUGACAGUAGUAGCGCCGUGCCAUCUUCGUCCUUGACAGUGGGUGCGGGGACUGCACCAUCUUUGACGAGUUCCGGCACUCCAGGUGCCGCAGCGGCUGCUGCUGCCGCUUCUGCCGCGGCACAUGGCCCACCUUAUUCGUCGUUAGCGUACGAGUCCUUUCCUUACGAUGCGCCAAGUGCAGAUGCCCGUGCGGUGCGGCAUCCAUUGCAGUACCAUCUGUACGCGCCUCCAUUCCCACACGUUAGCAACUUUCAUCCGACGCAUCAUGCUGCGAUGACAUUUUUUAUGGACCCAACGCUGCAGGAAGAGCUGCAUCGGAAGCAGGAGGCCUUCCACGCAUACAAGGCUACCUGUGCAUUGGACGGAAAGUGCUAUGUACUGCGUCGGAUCGAGAACGUCCAGUUGAGUCAUCCCGCAGCCAUUGGCACGGCAGAGCGCUGGCGGAAGAUUCGCCAUCCUGGCAUUGUCGCUGUGCGCGAAGCGUUCACGACGCGUGCUUUCGGCGAUCACUCGAUCGUGUUUGUGUAUGAUUUCCAUCCCCUGGCCACAACACUCUACAUGGAACACAUGACCGUGAAGCCCCUGCAGCCUGAUCGUCGGACGGGGCGUCUUCAGCCGGUAUCGAUGCAUGUUCCCGAGCGAGUGCUCUGGAGUUAUGCAUGCCAGCUUGCGAGCCUGCUGCGUGUUGUGCACGGAGCCGGCUUGGCGGCACGCUGCAUUGAGCCCAGCAAGGUGCUGCGUACAGGCCACAACCGCCUGCGGCUGAACGGAUGUGCGAUCUUUGACGUGCUCUUGUACCAAGCACAGCCGCCCGCGGAUGCUUUGUUAGUGCAACAGCGAGACGACCUCACUGCUCUUGGCCGCUUGCUCUUGUGUACAGGCUGCAACAAUGUGGCAGCGGCCGCUACGUUGUCCGAGAGCUUUGAUGCCUUCCAACGCACGUACAGCGCCGAGCUCGUCCACUUUGUACACAAGCUUGUCCAUGGCGAGCAUUUGUCCAUCACAGACACUUUGCACGAGUUGACGCCGUACUUGGCAGAUGAAGUGGGCAGCGCCCUAUACCACACGGAUCUGUUAGAGGCAGCGCUCAUGCGCGAGCUGGAGAAUGGGCGGCUCGUGCGUCUCCUGUGCAAGCUCAAUACCGUUGAUCAGCGACCGGAGUACGAGCGAGAGGGGCCAAGCAAUGAGACGGGCGAGCGGUACGUACUUAGGCUGUUCCGCGACAUGGUGUUCCAUGCCGUCGACGAACGAGGCCAUCCGACGCUGGAUCUUAGUCAUGUGCUGGUACAUCUCAAUAAGCUCGAUGCGGGCGUCGAUGAGAGACUGUUGCUCAUGAGUCGCGAUGAGCUGAAUUGCGUGAUUGUCAGCUAUGCGGACAUCAAGCGAUAUGUGGAGACGGCCUUUCUUGACUUGACGCGGUCAUAA